AUGGCUUUUGCAGGGAAAUGGGUCUUCGAGAAAAAUGAGAAGAUGAAGGAAUUUGCUGUUGCUGCCGGAGCUCCACCAGAGAAAGUAGACCAAAUGAUUGAUGUGCCGAUAACAGUGGAGUGCACCAGAGAUGGCGACUACUACCUGAUGUCUUUCACAGGUCCCAAGAACAAAACUGUCGUACAGAAGUUCAAACCAGAUGAACCAUUUACUGAAGAAAUAGGGCCUUUCGGCAAGACAAGAGUGGCUAUUGCUAAAGUAGAAGGCGACAAGAUGGCCAUCAGGGGGGUCAAAGAAGGCGAAGCAGUGGAAAAGAGAGAGGUAAUCGGCGACGAAAUGAUCUUUACAUUCGUCAAACCUGGAAUUCCAUUUGUUGCUAAGCGUUACCUCAAAAGGGCUUGA